AUGGUAAACGCCCAAGAAUGGUUAGACCAAAUUUAUCCGAUAGAAAAUAGAAAAGAAAUAACCUAUUUAGAUAUCAGCAGUAAAAAUUUGGAGGAUCAACUAGAACUAACUGAUUUUAUUAACUUAAAUUAUUUUGAUUGUUCUAAUAAUGGAUUAACUAGUUUAAACCUUAAAGAUUGUCAAAGACUAGAAGUGAUUCAUUGUUAUUGUAAUAGAAUUAGGUUAUUAAAUUUGCCAAAAUUGAAUCAGCUUCGAGAAUUUGACGCCAGUUAUAACCAACUCAUUGAUAUUGAUUUAUCUGCUUUUAAUCCUGAAAAUUUGCUUAUUCUGAAAUUGCACACCAAUAAUUUUAAUAGUCAGGAUAUAGAUUGCUUUUCUUCUUUUACUAAAUUAGAAUAUUUACUUUUCUGUAAUGAUGUUAGAGAAAGGAUUGAGAAAAAUGAUUACAAUCGUUUCUAUGGUAGUUUAAAAUCUUUGCAAAAUAUGAAUAAUUUGAAAUAUCUUGAUAUUCGAGCUACGGAUGUUGAAAAAGGUUUAGAGUAUUUACCAACUGAAACUAAAGAAUUUAAGUAUACUUCAGAUUGGCUUAGACCAGAAGCUAAAGCAACAAAUAUUUUUCAUGAAUUUCUGAAGGAUUUAUCUAGUAUAAUUAACCCAAAUAAUCCUUAUAAUUUUCUUGAACUAAAGCAAGAAAUCACUCGUCUCAAAUACCAAGAAUUGGCCCCACAAGUUCGCAAUCAAAAAACUGGAUUUGAGAAAUUAAUGGUAAAUUUAAAAGAAAAGGCCGGAGAAGGAAGUUUUGCUCAUAUAAUUGAUUUACUACUAACAACCCAUCAGCAAAAAGAGCAAGCCACCGAACUUUCCCAAAAAGAUAAGCUAAGUGGUAAAAUAGAAGCUUAUCAAGAAAUUUUAGUAGGAGGUAACCUAACUAAAGAGGAAUUACAAAUCUUUCUCGAUCAACAAACUGAACUUUCACAAUUAGAAGAACAUUUAAAUAGCUUGGCCAUUAAAGAUUAA